AUGACCUUUCAAGUUGAGGCCAAUACAGAUCCAGAGGUCGUUAGAAUAUUCAUUAUCAGACAUGGUCAAACCGAUCACAAUGUAAAAAAGAUUUUGCAAGGGCAUAUUGAUAUCGAUUUAAACCAAACAGGAUGGAAACAGGCGCUGCUAAUUGGAAAAGCUUUUCUGUCUCUUCCUGUUGACUCUUUGGUUACUUCUGAUCUAGUGAGGUGUCAAAAUACGGCUAAGGAGAUCGUUCAGCACCAUCCAAAUGCUGCAGUAAAAGUGACUCCGAACUUGAGAGAAAGAGAAAUGGGUAAAGUCCAAGGAAUGUAUUUGAAGGAUGCCCUUGAGAAGUACGGAGAAAAUUUUAGGAACUUAGGAGAACUGAAGCUGUCACUUCUUGCCAGGAUUAACGAAGAAUGGGAGGCGCUUAUAGAAUCAAGUAGAGAAAAUAAUUAUAAAAAUGUGAUAGUGUGCACCCAUGGUGGUGUGAUAACUGCUUUCGUUAACUAUCUCUACGGAGUAAUGGGAUACAAGUUAAAGGAUGGGUUGAAAGCGUCAGACUUGAAAGUUCCUUAUAACACUUCUGUGACGGCGAUAGAUGUCAAUAAGAGAACAAAAAAGGGAACUAUACAAAUUUUCGGCGAUACGGGUCAUUUAGGAAAGCAGUUAGAAGUUAAGGAUCAGCUUUUAAGAUAA